AUGGCCACCGAGGCCGUCACCCGCUCCUCCAGCUCGAUGGAUAUCCAUGAAAGCAAUCGGGAUGUGCUCACCGAGAAGAACGAAGUGAUCGACCUGCACAAGCCCGAGAAGAGUCUCGUCUCCGAGGCAUAUCUCCAGCAGUUGGGAGACGAGGACCCAACCGAAGAGGAGUUGCACGGAGAAAAUGCCCUGCGCCGAGUGUCGGCUCCGAUUCCCUGGGCUGUCUACACUGUUGCCUUUGUUGAGCUCUGCGAACGAUUUUCGUACUAUGGCACUCAAGUUCUAUAUUCCAACUUUGUGAACCACUCGCUGCCCCAGAUCAACGGCCCCGCUGGCUCCAACCACUAUACAGGCGCCGGUGGUGGUACGUCCCAGGGUGUCUCGGGAGCGCUAGGCCAGGGCGUGGAGACCGCGAACGGAAUCAACACCUUCAAUACCUUCUGGUGCUACGUUAUUCCUCUCUUCAGUGCGUACGUUGCAGAUGAGUACUGGGGACGAUACAAGACCAUCUGCUGGUCGAUUGGUUUCGCGAUUCUCGGUCAUAUCAUCCUCGUCAUUUCUGCCAUUCCUCCCGUCAUCACCAACACCAAUGCAUGCUUUGGCGUCUUCAUGCUCGGUGUCAUCAUCAUGGGCUUCGGCACCGGUGGUUUCAAGCCCAAUAUCUCCGCCCUAGUGGUGGAGCAGAUUCCUGCCGUGAAUCUGAAGGUGCGCACUCUGCCCUCUGGUGAGCGAGUCAUCAUCGACCCGACCAUCACACAGUCUCGGAUCUAUCACUACUUCUACCUGUUCAUCAACAUCGGUGCUCUGAUCGGCCAGAUCGGUAUGGCGUACGCUGAGAAGUACGUUGGUUUCUGGCUGGCCUAUCUACUGCCCACUCUCAUGUUCCUGACCACCCCGUUCGUCAUGUUCUGGGGCCGCAAGCGCUACCGCCAGGCUCCGCCCCAGGGUUCGGUCGUGUCAAAGGCUGUUCGUACCUUCUUCUACGCUCUCAAGGACCGCUGGCACUGGAACCCGGUCAAGUUCUGGAAGCGCACCCACGACGGGACCCUAUGGGAGGUGGCCAAGCCAUCCAACAUUCCGCCACACCUGCGACCUAAAUGGAUGACCUUUGACGAUGCGUGGGUGGAUGAAGUGCGCCGUGGAUUCGCGGCCUGCGCUGUGUUCUGCUACUACCCGUUGUACUGGCUCGCCUACGGCCAGCUGACGAACAACCUGACGGCACAAGCGAGUACGAUGACGCUGCACGGAGUGCCGAACGACGUGGUGAACAACCUGGACCCGUUCGCGUUGAUCAUCUUCAUCCCCAUCUGUGACACCUUCCUGUACCCAGGACUGCGCAAGCUGGGCUUCCGCUUCACUGCCAUCAAGAAGAUCUUCGUGGGCUUUAUUCUGGCGGCGUUGGCGAUGGUGUGGUCCGCCAUCAUCCAGUACUAUAUCUAUACUCGCUCGCCCUGUGGCUACGACGCGAACAACUGCUACAGCGAGAACGGUUCCGUGAUUGCCGCCCCAAUCAACGUCUGGGCGCAGACUGGUGCCUAUGUACUGAUCGCAUUCUCCGAGAUUUUCGCCUCCAUCACCUCUCUUGAAUACGCCUACUCCAAGGCGCCCCGCAACAUGCGUUCCCUCAUCCAGGCCAUCUCGCUCUUCACCAAUGCCAUCUCUGCCGCCAUCGCCGAGGCCCUGAACCCGCUGUCCAGCGACCCCUUGCUCAUCUGGAACUACGGUGUCUUCGCUGUUCUGUCCGGUGUCGGUGGUGUGCUGUUCCUCUGGCAGUUCUGGUCCCUCGAUAAGGAGGAAGAUGCUCUGAACAACCUGCCGGAGGGCCACGUCGAAGCGGACGAGAAAAGCAGCAGCACAGCCAUCCUGGUCUCGGCAGAGAUUGGCCCCGUGAAGGGAUAA